AUGCCUCUCCUCAACGUGUCUGUUGUCUUUGAUUGGCAGGGCGUCGGUUUGUCCGAGUUCAAUCAAGUCCGGACUGCCUACAAUGCCUUCCAUCAGUUUGCUUUUGGUAUUUGGGGCAAGAUCACUUCCAAGGUUGUCCUUCUACCCUUUGCUGACGGUCGAUUCACCCGACAACAACUGUGGAUCCGGAACUUGAAGGAGUUUGACGAAAAGGCCAAGGAUUGGGCCAACCUGAAGAUCUACUUUGAUCCCAACAUCGGCAACCCGUACAUCCUCAACAAACCUGGGAAGACUGGGUCAAAGACCUGCAAGACUUGA